AUGGCGGACGACGAAGAAAUUGACAUCGAAGGAGACGACGACGCGCCUUUGUUGUUUGACCACAAAGAUGACGCCCUGGCCAUACCCGACCUGCCUGGAUAUGAACCCAACUGGAUGUUCGACCAGGGGCAGAGCUGGACGUUUGAUGAGGACAUGGAUGAACAGAGUCGGUCGGCCAUCGAGAAAAUGCUGCAGGAGGAACAACUCUACAUACAUGGAAGAUCCCAUUCUUCCUACCCGGGGGAGGCCAGCAGCAGUCGAGGUAAGACACAGAAGUCCAAGACACGUGCGGCGCUCCACCUGCCGUCUCACGGUCAGCCUUGGACAGAGGAGGAGAAGAAACUGUUUGAGACAGGACUGGAGAUCUAUGGUCGAAGCUGGACCUCUAUCUCCCAGUUUGUGCAGACCAGGACCCCGCUUCAGGUCAAGAACUACGCAAGACACUUCUUUAAGACUAAGGAAAAAGAAGAAGAGCCUACAGUAACUGAAGAUGACAGAAACAAACCUUCCUUCAGCGAUGAGACAAAAAUCUGUGCCUCUGCUUCCUCUGUCUCUCCGGGGACACCAAAAAGAAAAAGAGCCCAGGAGACAAAAUCUGUCACACCUCAGAAAUCAGAACAGACUCCCAAGAAAGCGAAAGUUGUAAGGAAGAUGGAGGAAGUCUUGGGAGAAAGUGAUUCAGUAGAGCAACAGGAGGAGAAAGUAUUUGAGCUGAGUAAAACUACAGCCAUUCCUGACAAGUAUGGACACAUGCAGGUGGUCCAGAAGGUGGAGGAGGGGGAGGAUGAGGAGGUGGAUGUUGAGGGGGAGGAGUCUGGAGAGGAGGCAGUGAUGGAGCUCAGGAGUACAUGUGGCCUGAACCCAGCCCAACCUACAGUUGCUACAAGUGAUGACACUUCCAUGGGGGAACCCACACUGGAGCAAACAGACACAGAGGAGCAUCAUUCCUUAAGCAACAUCUUACACGAAGACAGUGAGAUCUCAAAACAGGAGAAUUCAGAAGAAGAGAAUCAGUAUCCCAUCGAGGAACACUUUCACCCUGCGGAAAGUGAAAGUGAUGCCGAGUUUCCAUGGCAACCAGAUGACACCCAAAACCGGGUGAUCGUGGAGAGAAUUGAGGGGAGCGUUGCGCUUGGCUCUGUUAGAGUAGACAAGGACGUUAGGGCUGGUCCAACUCACGAACAAACCCUGUACCAGCCACAUCCAGACAUGUUCCAGGUACAAAACCCUCUCAUAGAGUUUGAAAAGCCAACAGAAAGGGACGAAGAAUUUCAGAAAACAUCUGAAAAAAGACUUGAACGUUUGGACACACUGUCUGUUUCUGUAUCUGUUGACAACACAAAUGCACUAACGGACUCCAGCAAUGUUGCUGAUAGUCACAACACCUUAGACAUUCCUGAAGACAAGACCAAAACUGACUUAAACUUUGUAGGAGCUGAAAAAUGGAACUGUGAAGAGGCCGCGUCAUCACACACUGACAAUCUUACUUAUUAUAGUGACAGUGAAAGUGGCAAGGAGACCGGGGAGCUUCUUAGAUGUGGUACAGCAUCUCAAGUACACUCAGAAGACGAGACAUCUGAGACAGGGCAGGCGGAAGAAGCUUUCUUCACCUUUAAGAAGCCAACAGAAGAAGUUGUUCUGGACAGGAGUGUUGUAACAGAGGAGGAGAAGGAGGUGCAUAAGGAGUUUUUUGACGGAAGACAGACGAAGACGCCGGAGAGAUACCUGAAGAUCAGGAACCAUCUUCUAGACUGCUGGGAUCGGUGCAAGCCAGACUACCUGAGGAAGACGGUUGCCAGGGCGGGGCUGAGGAACUGUGGCGACGUCAACUGUAUCGGCCGUAUCCACGGUUACCUGGAGAGGAUCGGCGCCAUCAACUUCGGAUGCGAGGAGGCCAACAGGGGAGAGUUUCCCGUCGCCAAGGUCGGGGUGAAACGGAACCCUCAAGGUCAGGACCAGCAGCUGGCCCUGCAGGCAGCACGGCUGGAGUCCAUGAGGCCGAGAAGACAAAAGCUGGUUCGGACAGCUUACGGAGACUGGAGGGACGGCCCAGAGACGGAGGGACUCACCAUAGAGCACGUGACCUCAGAUGAACUGGAGAAACCAGAUGGAGAGGUGCCCCAGAUCAGACCCAGCAGGCCCAGAGGACCCAGGGCUAACUUGAACAGUUUCUCCUACGACCCGUUUAAGCUGGUCCCGUGUAAGAGGUUCAGUGAGGAAUCUCCGGCUCCAUUCUCUGUGAAGAUCCAUGCCACAGCCCUGGUCACUAUUGACAUGCAUGCCCACAUCUCCACAGCUGAAGUGAUUGGUUUGUUGGGAGGAGUGUUUCACAGGGACCCGGGAGCUCUGGAGGUGGCCUCUGCAGAGCCCUGUAACAGCCUGAGUACAGGCAUGCAGUGUGAGAUGGACCCAGUGUCUCAGACGCAGGCGAGCGAGUCUCUGUCCCAGGCUGGGUACUCCGUGGUUGGCUGGUACCACUCCCACCCGACCUUUGCCCCCAACCCUUCUGUCAGGGACAUCGAGACACAGACCAAGUUCCAGGAAUGGUUUGCCCAGGGAGGGUCCCCCUUUAUUGGCAUUAUAGUGAACCCCUAUAGCAGCUCUCGGAUCUCUCCCCUGUCCAGAGUCACGUGUCUCACCAUCAGCUCAGAGUGGGAACACAUCCGCAAAUACAUAAAGCUGCUGAACAGAUAUGCAGGGCACACGGACACCACUUACAUGGAUAAGAUGCUGUACUCCCUGAGCGGCCACCUGUGUCGAGGGAACGCAGACAGCGAGGAGGAAGGAAACAGUGAAAGUCUCUCGCUCCUUACCGACAUCCGAGACAUCUUCGCCAACUCCUGGACAUCCUCACUAGGUACAACUCCCAGGUCCUCCAUGGCUAGCUUGUAACCAUGGCUACAUGUAUUUCUGACAAAUAUUUAUAACCAAAAACACACAACAAGAAGUCAGCUUAACUCUGGGGAGCUUUGAGACGCACUCUGUCUCUUCAGACACGACAUCAGACACUUUUGGAUUCCUUCUUUUAUUACACUUAAGAUAAAUUUCAUCUGAAAGAUAACAAACUUGUUUGGAUACCGAUACAGGUGUGAGCCUGUACAUAUACGUAGUAUAUAUCUGUACGAAAUUUGUUUACUAGAAAGUUACAUGUAGGUACUCAGCUCUUCAUAACUGUUUGUUUGUUUAUUUAUUCCUGCCCAAAUCUGGGCAAGUUGUGGAAGAAUAAUCCAUCCUCAGGUGUUAAAUGUACCUUGUUUGAAGCUGGUGUGUUACGCCAAAAGGCGGUUAUACCGGCUAAAAAGGCAUAGAAGCUGGUGUGUUACGCCGAAGGGCGGAU